UUCAAUAUAUUUUCACAAAAAGUCAAUUCAAACACGCGGAAAAUAAUUAAAUCAAAACCAUAGAAACCAGGAUCAAAACUGUGCGAAAAAAAGAUAAUAAUAAUAAUAAUAAUAAAAUAAAGGCGCCUCUAUAUUAAUAUCAAACUCCAUGUCCACCAGAACCCACCGUUCUCUCUCUCUCUCUCUCUCUCUCUAAAAAUUUCUCUCUCUUAAAUCAACAACACAAGCUGGUGGCAUUGCGGCAACAUGUCAGUAGCGAGCAUGGUGGCCGACAGCGUGGUGGAACUGGCCUGCAUGUGGUGGGCGUGGAAGCGCUGCACCCACGUCGGCUCCGACGACAGCGCCACCUGGCCUGCCGCCACCGCCGACGAAUUCGACCCCGUCCCGCGCAUCUGCCGCCUCAUCCUCGCCGUCUACAAGGACGAAAACCUCCACCACCCUCAUUCCCGCCUAAACCCCAACUGGUUCAUCAAGCGCGUGAGCUACGAGCAAACCCAGGGCCACGCGCCGCCGUACCUAAUCUACGUCGACCACGACCACCGCGAGAUCACGCUUGCAUUACGCGGCCUCAACCUGGCGAGAGAGAGCGACUACAAGCUAUUGUUGGACAAUCGAUUGGGUAUGCAGAUGUUUGAUGGUGGGUAUGUUCAUCAUGGUCUGUUGCGUUCGGCGAUUUGGGUAUUGAAUGAGGAAUCAGAGAGUCUGAAACGGUUGUGGGUCGAAAAUGGCUCGGAGUAUAAGAUGGUGUUUGCGGGACAUUCUUUGGGUUCUGGCGUGGCUGCUUUGUUGACGCUGAUGGUGGCGAACGAUGGGGACCGGGUUGGCGGGGUUCCGAGGAGUCAGCUGCGGUGUUACGCAGUAGCUCCGGCGAGGUGUAUGUCACUCAGUCUGGCAGUGAAGUACGCAGAUAUCAUACACUCAGUGAUCUUGCAGGAUGAUUUCUUACCAAGGACAUCCACUCCAUUGGAAGACAUUUUUAAAUCAAUCUUCUGCUUGCCUUGCUUUUUGUUUUUGGUUUGCUUGAGGGAUACCUUCAUUUCUGAAGGUAGGAAGCUCAGAGAUACAAGGCGACUAUAUGCACCCGGACGAAUGUACCAUAUUGUAGAAAGAAAAUUUUGUAGAUGUGGGAGGUUUCCCCCGGAGGUUAGAACUGCCAUUCCGGUCGAUGGAAGAUUCGAACACAUUGUCUUAUCAUGCAAUGCUACAUCAGAUCAUGCAAUUUUUUGGAUUGAAAGAGAAGCAGAGAAGGCUCUUCAAAGAACAAGGGAGAGGAGCUCUAAAACCAUAACAACUGCCCCAAAAGUACAGAAACUUGAGAGGCAAACAAUUGAAAAAGAACACAAGGAUGCAAUGGAAAGAGCUGUUGGUUUGAACAUUCCUCAUGCUAUGAUCAUGGCGACUGAGCCUUCAAACGAAAUCCGGUGAUGGUGUCGAGAAGCUGGUCAAGAGGAAUGAUUCAGGGGAAUUAUUGCUGAAAAGAUAUACGAUUCUCGGCAUGAUUAUUUCAUUUUUCUUUUUCCUUUAGAGCAAAAAAAAAAAAAAAAAAAAAAAAAAAAAAAAAAAAGAAGAAGUUUCUUAGACCAAAAAUUCUUCCAUGAUUAUUAUACAUUGUUCCUAGCUAGCUUUCUAUUGUCAUAGAGUCAUACUCAUUUUCUGUGCUCCUCUUUCAA